UUGAGCAAUGUAGCGAUGGCGAUGUACAUGUUCUAGUUCUAGUUCUACAGGUAUUUUCAGCAGUUUUCUGACCAUGUUUUGGUGUCAUUAGCGUAGUAAUUUUGGUCAACAUCUCUCAAGUUUAAUUAUGUGUUGUGCUCAUUACAAUUUUCAAUGAUUCUAAAUCAAUCCCUGGAGUUUUCAUGCAAAAGAACUGAAACCGAUUCAACUUUCGUCUGAAAACACUGCUUCAUGACUUGAAGAUCUUUCGAAAGGACCGUCUCACCAAAUCAGUUGCAUUAUCAUGGGCAUUACAGGAUUGAUACCGUUCCUCGAGAAAGCCUCUCAACCUGUCAAUAUUUCUCAGUUUUCUGGUUGUACUGUCGCAGUGGAUGCUUACUGUUGGCUGCAUAAAGGAGCAUUUGCCUGUGCUGAAAAACUUGCCAGAGGAGAUCAUACUGAUCAGUAUGUGUAUUACUGUAUGAAGUAUGUGAAUAUGCUACUGCAUCAUAACAUUAAGCCAAUUCUUGUUUUUGAUGGAGGUCAUCUAAAUGCCAAAGCUGACACUGAAAAGAAACGGAGAGAGUCUCGAGAAGUGAACCGGAGGAAAGCUGCUGAACUCUUACGCUUGGACCGACCAAAUGAAGCUAAAACAUUCUUGCGGCGAUGUGUGGAUGUUACCCAUGAAAUGGCUUUAAAUCUCAUUCAAGAGUGUCGCUCGCGAAACGUCGAUUGCAUUGUGGCACCUUUUGAAGCAGAUGCUCAACUUGCAUACUUUAGUCUGAACGAUAUUGCAGACAUUGUGAUAACAGAAGACUCAGAUCUUUUGCUUUUUGGCUGUAAAAAAGUUUUGUUUAAAAUGGACGUAAAUGGCAAUGGUUUGUUGGUGGAUCAAAAAAAACUUCACCUUGCAAUGGGAAUAAGGGAAAGUGCAUUCUCUCUAGAAAAGUUCCGUCAUAUGUGCAUACUUUCCGGCUGUGAUUAUUUACCCUCAUUGCCUGGCAUUGGAUUGGCUAAAGCUUGUCGUUUCAUCACACGAUCUAUAGAACCUGACAUACACAAGGCUUUGACAAGACUGCCGACUCAUUUAAACAUGUCUCAGCUCAGUGUUACGCCUGAGUAUCGGGAUAAAUUUGUGGAAGCAGACUUGGUGUUUAAACACCAACCAGUUUUUGAUCCUUUCAAACGCAAAAUUGUGCCUCUCACUGAUCCUCCAGAAGAUGUGUCGCUCUCAGACCUGUGGGUUUUACGGCCUGACGAUCAAGCUGAACAAUUAGCCCUAGGAAAUUUGAAUCCUUUUUCAUUGAAAAAAAUGGACGACUGGCAUCCUAAUGCAAAAGAGAAACAGCUUAAAAGGAGCAAAAGUUGGAAUGGAAAAGCUCCCCAUAAAAGUAUUUGGUCGCCAGACUUUCUCGAAGCCUUAAAGAAAAAAAGAGAAGAAAUUGAAAAGAAGAAAAAAGCUGGGUCUGCUUUUGUCAUUCCCUCCACUCUUGGGAAGCAGGUUGUUCAAAAAGCACAAACUCCAACGAAAAAGAGAGUCAGCGAAGAUUUUGAAGAUGAAAAGAAACAGUUUAUUGAAAUGUACGGGUCUUAUGAACAACCAGCGAAAAGGUUACGUAUGGAAGAUCAUGGUCUAGAUGAGCCAAUAGAAGAAGAUGACUCUCCAAUUAAACCCAAAACUCCGGUCCGCGUUCCCUUUUCUAAAUCCGAGGUUUCCCCUGUAAAACAGUCUAAAUCAACAAGCAAGCACAAACGGACAGUCCUUGAUGACAACAUCAUUUUAGUUAGUGGUUACUUUUGCAACUCACCUGAACCUGAACCUGAAAUCAAGCAAAAUUCCCAAGAAAUUGAGUCAUCACAAGACUUUUUGGAUGAACCAAUAGAAGAUCUCGCAGAAUUAGACAGGACAUGUCAGGCAGCAGAGCUUUUGAGUUCAUACCAUCGCAAACCUCUUGUAGAUAUUAAAAAUACUUCUCCUCCAACCUCCCCUGAAAAAAUGAAAUUAUCUGAUCUUUCGCCACCUCCAAGUCCUGAACUCAUUACCAGUAAAUCUGCCAAGCCAAGUAUGAAUCCUUUUAGUAAGAAAUGUAGAGGGCAGAAAGAUGAGAAUGAAAGCCUAUUAGAUACUAUCGACGAAAAGACUCAGGAAGCGGUAGAAGAAACCAAACGUGAUGUGAUUUGUGCCAAAAAUAGAAGCUCUAACUCUGAGUCCAAAAGUAGAACUUUAGAAAUCCUUGAUAGUUCCAAAAUAGAUUCUUCAUGUGAAAAAAACAAAAGCUUCAACACUGAAAUUGAUAUUAGUAAUAGAGGAACCAUAGGUGUUUCGCAUGAAAAUUCAUCAAACAAAAAACUUGCUAGACAAGACGUCGAAAGUAAGCCAUUCAGUUCAUCUUCCACCAUUCUCGAAGAACUAUCUACGACCUCCAGUCAACUUAAUAGUACAAAUUCUAAUGGUGGAUCCGCAGGUAACUUUAAUUGGGCCAAAAAAUUUGAUAAAUAUAGAUCUUCAACAAUUCGCUAUCAAAAAUCACCAGCAUCUAGUCAAGAAUUCAAAAGUCCUGCUCAGAACUGCUCAACUACUUCUCCGCCAAAAACCCAGCCCGAAGAAGUGUGUAAGGAUACUCCUGUUAAAAUAGAUAGCAAUGAUACCAGUUUUUCGGAAAAGAGUCAAAAUGAAGAAGUGGAUACAUUCCCUAUCAAGGAACACUCUUUUUUGCGUCCAACUCUCUCCCAGGAGUCUGAUGAAGGCUUUUGUAGCCCUAGCAUGGAAGUUAAGUCAAAGAAAGGAACAUUCUCCUUAAAACAAGCAACCCCAACUUCUACUCGAAAAUCUUUAACUCCGUCCGCUUGCCGUAGAGUUGGACUCAGCAAAAAGUCACCAACUACCGACUUGAAACAAAGUUCACUAAAAAGUUUUCUCUUUAAGCCCAAGCCAAAACUGAACUGAAUAUUUUCUUCCAUUCCUAUCAUUCUAAUUCACCUUUGGAUGCUUUUAUCUUUUGUGAUAUUCCUCUAUUUGUUUACUGUUAUUAAAAAUAGGUUUAAGUUUUUUAAGACUUAUUGGUAUUUUAUAUCGAUAUUGAUUAAGGCUUUGCAAAAUUGUUGCAUACAUGACGCGUUAGCAGAAGAUUUGCAUCUUUGAAAAAUGAGAUAUUUUAUCUGUUCCUUGGUAUUUUUUAUCACACUGCCAAUCUCAGGUUGUGGUGCAAAGCAGAAGUUCUUCACUUCUCUUUACUUCACCGCUAAUAACCGUAAAAAAAAAGUGUGGCCUUAAUUAAAAUAGUAUGUACUUGUAGUCAGUCUCACAGGCUUCUUUUUACUUACUACCAUAAAUAGUCUGCGUUAGAAUGUGUUUUUCAACUCCCAGAUUUCUUGUGUGAACAUCAUUGAAACUGUCAUCAGAGCUCUUGGCCGUGCGACUUCUCAAUUUUCUUAUAUUGAAUUUUCAAUAGUCCUGCUUCGUGUGAUAUUAAAAUGAUUAACUCCUAGAAAGGACAAUGGCUGUGAUGUUUCAUUGAACAGGAGGAUUUGCGGUUUUUAUACCUUUCUGUAAUUUCAGCAUCUAGUAACUCUACAAUAUCUGAAAUUAUUAAUUUAGCAUUCUUAGUGUGAACAAUCUUCAAUCUUAGCUAUGAAAAUGAAAACUUGAAAUUCUUUCAGUCCAUCUCAUCAUAAUGUUUUUGAAGAUCAGAAAAUAAUUUUUGAUAAACCUGACUUGCUCAUUGUUCAUGCAAUACCUCUUAAUUAAAAGUGCUGUAUGUAGUAUCUUAAAUUUUACAAAUCCACCCUUCUGAGUUCGUCUUUAAACAUCAUGAUUUACAUGGACUUAGCUCGGUAUUUUUUUUUGGUGCUGAUACAAUCACACUUUAGAGAGAUUAAUGCAUUGAUCAUUGUCUUUAUCCCAAUUUUCCUUUGUUAAGGUUUUGGAUUAAUUGAAACAAAGUAUUUUUGUUUUCCUUGCCAUCUCUAACAUCGAUUGUAAGUGCCAAAAUGUACAAGAUUGUUUUUUAUUACUCCUUCCCCAAUAAAUGCUUUGGCUAAAUGGUCACAUCGAAAGUGCCUAGAGCUGCGUUGCUAAACUCUCCGGAGGAUUGGGAGCGGAGAGUCUUGGAGAAUUACCCGGAGGGUUGACGUCAUCUCUUCAGUCUCUCCGCGUUGUUGGGUCCGCCGGAUUCUGUUUUGUUUACACUUCAAUUUUAAGUUAAGUUUCUUUAUUCAUUUCGUUUUCGCUAUCGAUAAUUUAAGGGAAUGAAUUAAAUCAUAACUUACGAGCAUUCAUUCGUUCAAACCCUUCUAGUGGAAGCUCCGUAGUUAUUCUCGUCGCAAAGUUAAAAAUGAAAUCUACAAACAUUUUCAUCUUUAAAUAUUUAAAAAUUCUAAAACUCACUGCAUAAGCAGAAAAAAAGGCGCGAGAAUGCUGAACGCCUAUAUUCUUACAUCAGUCUCCAGCUUUUGGUCUCCAGCUCUCCGACCUCUCAGCUGGAGAGCAGUUUGGAGACUGACGUAGCAUGACGUAGCAAGUCUCCGGGUAAUUCCUCCAGAGUCAGAACAACGGUUGUUUACGUCUUCGGGUAACUCCGGAGACUUUAGCAACGCAGCUUAGUUAUCAUUUUAGCCAAAAUUUUAAUAAUGAAAGACUGCUCUCUUUGAUUCUUGAGGGACAGAUGAACUUAGAUUGAGUCUAGCUAGUAAGGGUCUUCCCGUUAUUUAUAUCUCAACACUUUGAAAUCAUUUUAUAAUAUUAUGGUUUUUUAAAAUACAAUAAAAAAGUUAAUUUGUCUA